UCUAUUUUCGCUAGAAUCACGGGGCUCAAGUCGCGAGCAGGAAAGUUUACAGGAACGCGAACGUUCAUAGAUGUUGGUUCAAGACAUGUUGCGGAGUCGAAGACAAGCACGGUUCCACGUCUAAUCAGACAAACACCAAAUCAGCAGAUCAAGUUGAUGGAGCAGCGAACUUGCCGGAGGAAGGAAAUUGAAAACUGUGUACGGGCUCAUCUUUGUAUUACUAGCAACAUGGAUCUCGGACUUCCAUUUAGUUCUAGCUGUGCUGAAACACACCAGGUUGACCUGAGAGUGAUCGUGAAAGAGGAAGAUAUAAAAGAGGAGGAAUAUGGUCAUAUGAUUGCAUGUCCAGGUGAAGAUGAAGAAGAAGAAAAGCCCUUUGCAGAGCUGCAUUGUAAAUCUGAAACAGACGUCACAGAGACACCAGAGUCUACUUACAAUGAAAUGCUACAGACAACAGUGAAGACUGAAGUGAAGAAAGAGGAGGAGGAAGAGGAGGAGGAAGAGGAGGAACAACAUGAACAUCUGCUGGAAAGUGUAUCAGAACACACACAUGUAACGCAACAGAAGAUCCAUGGACAGAAUGAUGAACUCAACCUGCGACUCAAAGGAAAGCGUUUCACGGCCCUGAGAGAACUUGAGAAACACCAGCAAACACACUCUGUUGGGGUGAAUGAAAAGAAGAAGUCUCGCAAAAAGCCACAUAAAUACUCUCAUCGUAAAAAAGCAUUUACAACAGCCUCACUAGUUAAUCACCAUAUGCUUACACACACUGGAGAGAAGCCUCAUAAAUGUUCCCAGUGUGGAAGAGGUUUUACAUAUACAGCAACUCUUAAAAAUCACAUGCUAAUUCACACAGAGGAGACGCCUUAUAAAUGUUCCCAGUGUGGAAAAGCUUUUAGAACAUCGCAAUAUCUUCAACGCCACAUGCUCACACAUUCUUUAGAGAAGGCUCAUAAAUGUACCCAGUGUGGAAAAGCUUUUACAAUGUCCAUUUACCUUAAACUUCACAUGUCUGUACACAAUGGAGAGAGACGUCAUAAAUGUCGCCUAUGUGGAAAAUCAUUUAGAACAUCCCAAGAUUUUCAACGCCACAUGCUUACACAUACCGGAGAGAAGCCUUAUAAAUGUGUCCAGUGUGGAAAAGGUUUUGCACAAUUUUCAAAUCUUAAAAGGCACAUGCAAAUACACACUGGAGAGAAGCCUCAUGAGUGUGUCAAGUGUGGAAAAGCUUUUUCAAAAAGUUCAAAUCUUAAAAAUCACAUGUUAAUACACAUUGGAGAUAAGCCUAAUGAAUGUAGCCAGUGUGGGAAAGUAUUUACACAAAUGGAAACCCUUAAAACCCACAUAUUAACACACACUGAAGAGAAGCCUUAUAGAUGUGUUCAGUGUGGAAAAGCUUUUCCGCACCCUUCAAAGCUGGAAACCCAUAUGCUAACUCACACUGAAGAAAAGUCUCAUAAAUGUGUCCAGUGUGGAAAAAACGUAUUCAAUAAUGUCUAGUCUUAAACGCCAUAUGGUAAUACACACUGGAGAGAAGCCUCAUGAAUGUAACCAGUGUGGAGAAGCAUUUAGACACCUCCAAACUCUCCAACAUCA